AGUUCUAAAACCCCUAGGGCUAAACCCCAUCGCUAUAUCUUCUCUCUCUAGUCAAAGCCCUACGAUCAUUUCUGCAACUCGGGAUCUAGUUUCAGUGACAAUCUGAAAAAUCCAUUUUUCUUCAUUCGCCUCUAAAGAGAUUGUGUUGAUGGUUAUAAUGGAAAUGUUUCAAAACCCUAUAUUCCCUCUGUAAAUACAAGUAUUUCAACCAUCGAAUCUGAAAUUCAUGGCUUCUGCAUCUCGUUUGCGCCUAAAUUUUUUACUCCAUCGUCGUUAUUUCUCAUCGAUCCUUAGCCCAGACUCUUCUCUUCUCACCAGCAAACAAAAAACUCGAGCUGCUCUAGGGCUACUGAAAUCUGAGAAAAACCCUGAACGCAUCCUCGAAAUAUGCCGUGCUGCUUCUCUCACCCCUGAAGUCCACCUGGAUCGUGUUGCUUUCUCCGUUGCGGUCUCCAAACUCUCUGAAUCUAAGUCCUUCGAAUUUAUCCGCUCCUACCUUGAUGAGCUGAAAAGCCGCCCCGACCUCAGAAACGAGCGUUUCAUGUCUCAUGCCAUUGUUCUCUAUGGUCAAUCUGGGAUGCUUGAUCACGCUAUCCGCACCUUCAAGCAAAUGGACGAACUGGGUAUCCCUCGCUCAGCCAAAUCCCUCAAUGCCUUACUGUUUUCUUGCAUUCUCGCAAAGAAGUACGAAGAGGUAAGUCGAAUUUUCAUGGAAUUCCCGAAAACUUAUGGAAUUACGCCAAAUUUAGAUACGUAUAAUACCAUUAUCAAAGCUUUCUGUGAGUCGGGGUCAUCUAGUUCGGCUUACUCGAUUUUAGCUGAGAUGGAUCGGAAACGUUGUAAGCCGAAUACUACUAUUUUUGGGACUUUGCUUGCGGGGUUUUAUAAAGAGGAGAAGUUUGAAGACGUUGGGAAAGUGUUGGAAUUUAUGAAAAAGCACGAUAUUCAUCCUAAUGUUAGUACUAAUAAUACUAGGAUCCAAAGUCUCUGCAAACUGAAGAAAUCUGCUGAGGCUAAGGCGUUGUUUGAAGGUAUGGUAUCAAGGGGAAUGAAGCCUAAUUCUGUUACUUAUAGCCACCUUAUUCAUGGCUUCUGUAAAGAGGGGGAUUUGGAGGAAGCGAAGAGGCUAUUUAAUGAUAUGCCGAGGAAGGGGUGUGUCCCAGAUAGUGAAUGCUACUAUACUCUGAUUCACUACCUUUGCCAAGGGAAGGACUUCGAUGCUGCAUUAAAGCUGUGUAAGGAAAGCAUGCAGAAGGAAUGGGUCCCAAACUUCACGACCAUGAAAACACUUGUGAAUGGGCUUGCAAGCAUUUCAAAGGUUGAAGAGGCUAAGGAGCUUGUUGGCCAAAUGAAGGAGAAAUUCGAUAAGACUGCUGACAUGUGGAAGGAAGUUGAAGAAGCUUUGGCUCAGUAGGAAAGCUAACUUGGCAUCCUUCAGUUAUUAAAACCAUGGUAAUAAGAGGUGAACAUUCGGCCAAGGCUGUAUAAAAUGGCAGAUCUUGAGAAAAUAUUUCAUUGUAUUUGCACUUGUUUCUUACAUUACAAAGAUAUUUUUGGCAUCUACAUUACAUUAAGUUACAGAGGCAUGAUGUUGUUUUGGUUGCA